CAGUGAUAGUGAUGAAGGAGAAGAAACUGAAUUGUUUGUUAGAAAUAAGCCACAGAGGAUAGAAUUUCCAACAGUAGAAAAAGUUAUUGAAGAGGGAGAUACUUUACAGUCACUAGCCAUAAAAUAUCAUUGUCCGAUUGCGGAGCUAAAACGAAUUAAUAACAUACACAAAGAAAAUGAAAUUUUUGCCAAGAGAGUUAUCAAAGUGCCUCAUAGACCCUUCACGUCAGCCUUAGCGAGCGUUCACAUCAGUGGAAAUAGUUCUCCAGAUCUACCAGCUGUGCCACCUGUAGGGAUGCUGAUAGAUAUAGAUUCAGUCAAUUUGAAAUUAAGUGAAAGUAUAUCGUCAGCAUCUAAAGACGAAGUCAAUGAAAUCAUUUUUAAUAGCCAAAUUUCCCAAAAACCAAAUGACAGGUUAAGUCCGGAUAUAGAAAACGCCUGCGAUGAGGAAGUUAGUUUGUUACCACAAAAUACUGUGAUAGAAACAGAUUCGAUUGUGUCUAGAUUAAGUUGUAGUGGAGCCGACGCAGAUAUAUCAUGGAAAGUUCUAAUGGGUUGCACCGUUAUUCUAAUUCUUGCUUUACCUUUAAUCUACGUAUUUUAUAUCGCCGAACACCCCGAGAGUUACCAGCAUCAACAUGGUUCAUGAUAUCAGUGGUAUUAUAUAGCUAGACACUUUAAGAAAUUAAAA